AAAAAGCUUUCGUAAAUACUCUUAGUUGGAGUAUAGCUGGCUAUAAUGGAUUCUUAAAGUUAUUAGUUAAAAAAAGUAUUAACAGGAUGCAAGAUAACAAUGAGCAAGAAAAUGAUGAGGGAGUAGAGAGGAAUUCAACUGUAUAA